ACUGGCAAGAGCGUAUAGAUGAGGCGAGGCGCAUAAGGCUUCAUAAUUCUCGUAAUUCGUAAUUCUCCUUCUUCCGGGUUUACGGUGUUUACAGAUCCCAGCGUGCUCGCGGGGCAUGUGUGGGCGUGUGAGGACACUCCUCCUCACCAAUCAGUGCACAGGGGAGUGUCUCCUCACGCCCCUAGCCUCACUCAGCUCGGUUUGGCUCGCUUCAGCCCCACUCCAAAACCGUGCGAGUUUUGGGGGCUGAGCAGGGCUGAAGCGAGCUGAGUCGUGCUGUCCUUAGAUAGUCGAAACGCGAGCCGUGUCGGGCUGAAGUAAGCUGAAAAAGGGUAGUGGAAAAGGGCCAUUAGUAAAGUAUAGCUUGUGCAAGUGUCUGGAUCUGUACUGUUGAAGAAGAAUGAAUUCUGCUCUUCCAUAAGAUGUUCCCUCAGAUGUUGUUUUGAUCAGGCUGUCUAACACAGCGCUCCUUAGGUGUUCAAUUAAGUUAGGAUCUGGUGACUAUGAAGGUCAUUGCAUACGAUUUCAUUAUCAAUGCUGGCAAACUGCUGUAGUUUAAGAGGAAUAAAAUGCUUUGGGAUGCGCUCUUACUGGAAAAUCAUCAACUAUGACGCAGUAUCAGUAGUACCGCUUUAUCCCAUCACUUGGUCAGUGAUUAUUUUCCUGAUUAUACCAGCAGUUUUUAGAAAAAUAAAUGCUUGAUCCCUUAUAAACUUUGUAACCCUAAGCCCAUCCACAGACAGGGUAAGUAGUUCAAGAAUUAAGACAGCAUAUAAAAAGCAAACGUUCCAUUUGACACGACGUCCUCUCUUUUUCCAGAUUUUUAAACAAACUAUUAAAAUACUUCCCUCCACUCUCUUUGAGUAAAUACUCGGUCAGUGAAAUUGUUCAUUGACGUUUGGUCCCUAUCCAGAAGCUGAGAGGAAAGAGGUGAAGGACCCACUAUAGUAGUCCAUCGUGUGGUAAGCAAAUGCCUGAGGAGUUGGUCGUGUUACCAGGCUUCCCACGCCACCAGCAAGACAGCUCACUUAGAUGGAGCCUCAACUCAGGUCAUAAUGUCUCUGGCUCACCCAUCAAAUGGUCCCUCUCUUGACCAUCACCCCGAGGCUCCAGUAAGGCUUACUGGUAUCUGCGGCUCCUUUGAGACGGAGAAGCGGAUGAAUCCAGGUGUCCCAGUGAGGCCAGUCGACUCUGAGGCCUGCUGUGAGAAACGUGGACUCAAUGGCAUGAACACUCAUCCAUGGUGCACCCCUGUCAUUGCUGAUGCACAAGAUGUAUCAUGUCCCUCCAAAAAUGUGCGUAUCUUUUCCUUCCAGCGAAAGCAUGGUGCGACAGGCCCUGAGCGGACACCACUUCGAGGCCCAGCCAGUGCUUCGCAGGCAUGGCCAGGUCUCCAUUUCAUGGGUUCCUUCAAAAAGUUGCGCUCUUCCGUCCUUCAGGGCAUCCAGAACAGGGGCAGUGUGACAGGAGACAAUCAUGAGAAAGACUUGUCCUUUACCAAUGAGGAGAGCAACGGUUUCUUAGUAACCAAAAGAAAUUUUGGAAACAGUCAAACUAAUGGGAAGACGGUACCAAUGGUUAGCAACGUGGUAUCUACAACUGCACCAAGUAUAUGUGUUUUAGAUGAAGAUGAUGAUUAUGAAGAAGAUGGGUAUGGCCUACAGAGGAACUCGCACUUCUCAAGGAGUAUACGUAGAGCUUAUGGAGCAGGACGCAUCUCCCUGUUGGACAAUGGACGAAACCAGUCAGAAAGUCGUAAUGCUCAAGAACCCGCUUCUCGCAGUCGACCCUGCAGCUCCGUGGAACCCAUUGGGCCCAAUGUCAUUUUUGGUACCGAUGUGAAGGCCUUGAGUAGACUAAGCAAAAGUGCUGACAACUUGCACAUAUUCAAGAGUCCUUUCAAACGCAAAGUACCCUCGACUCAGCCCCAGAGCCUGGAAGAUUCCAGCACCCCAGGUUUCCAGAGAACAGCUAGUGCUUCAUCUGUAGAUGUGCAGGAAUGUGUAUCGGGUCAGUGUAGAGGCGUGCGGGGAAAGAUGCUCAAACUCAUCGGCAGUUUAUCAGAUCUGUCUGUCAACCGUAAAUUGAACCCUGGCUCCACCCCCACAUCUCCCUUAUCAGCCCUCAGUCAGCUCCAUGAUGACUACUCCCGCAGGACUCCCUGUGUUCCUGCUAGCGAGCGCCAACGCAGGCCCCCACCCUCAUAUACCUGUCCGUCUGACAAGCAGAAAGUACAGGCUGAUGUUCAUAGCGACACCCUGGCUAUACAGCCCAAUUCCUCAGUACCCAUUACCAUUAAUUCCUUCAAUGAUCAGGUUCCUGAGUGUUCCAGCUCCACAGAACAGGUCUCCGCUUCUAAUAGCCAGCUUCCAGUGAACCCACCAACUUCUUGUUCUAUUCCCCCCGUCACACCUGUCACAGGAAAUUGUGGGUCUGUGGAAGAAGAGCAAAAUGUGAAAACAGACGUUAUUCAGGAUAUUCCGGAUGGACAGGAGCAGAGACUGGACAGCAUUAAAGUAAACUUGGAGUGCAUCUGGAAGACUCCGGAGAGAGAGGGUGAAAAUCUAGAGACACCGUCCGGAGACUCGUCUUUCACAGACCUCCGAAAGGUCAACGAUGAAGGAUGCAGUGACUCGGUGUUCGUUAGUCCUCCUGUCACACCCACCUGUGCUGCAGAGUCGCCCUUGGUGACAACACCAACCUCGCCAGCCUCCUCUUCUUGCGACACGCCUAUCUCUGCCGUGCCCAGGAAGAGGGCGAACAGAAACAAACCUCGACCAAUCUCAGACUACGGACAGCUCAUGUGCAGAAAGUAUACUGUCCCCAAGGAGGAAGUGGAACUCCAGGGUGAUGCUCAGGAGGAGUGUAAUGCUAACGAUGCACAUGCUAAUUUGCAUAUUCAAGAGGACAGCUGUUUGAAUGGACUCACAGACAGCAGGAAGAGGCGACCUAUCUCGGUGAUAGGAGGAGUGGAUCUGUUUGCAUCUCCGGUUGAGAAGGAAGAUGCUGAUUUACCUUCUCCUGUCACUCGACCCCCUGUACCCUCUCACGGCGUGCCUCCAUACCGUGCCGUAUCCGCCCGCCUGCGCCCCUGCGUCUUCUCCCAGAGCACACCGACGGGCUUGGACCGGGUGGGCCGCCGCACAAAGCACCGAGUCCUCAGUGAUGGGAACUCGGACGGCUGCACGGGGCUGGACGACAGCGUGAGCGAGGAGGAUGGCAGUUUCGAGGAGCUCACAGAAGGAAAACCGUAUCUGCAGCCAGAGGUCGAUCUGUCAACUUUAAACCAGUACAUCUCAUCAGGCCAUGCCGUUUACGCUGAGGCCCUGUGGGAUCACGUGACGAUGGGCGAGCAGGAGCUGGCCUUCAAAGCUGGGGAUGUCAUCCGGGUGCUGGAUGCCCAGGAGAAGGACUGGUGGUGGGGGUUGGUGGGCGAGCGGCAAGCCUGGUUCCCCUCCACUUUUGUGAGAGUGCGUGUGAAUCAGGAGGACUCGGCCAGUGACAGCGUGGAGAACUCUCCAGAACAGCAGGAAGCUCUUUCUAAAGAACCACACAGCCAGACCUCCGAGAACCGAGAGCAGAUGAGGGCUAAUGUGGUCCAGGAGAUCAUGAACACUGAGCGCGUCUACAUCAAACACCUCCGAGAUAUCUGUGAGGGUUAUAUCCGCCAGUGCAGGAAACACCUGGGCAUGUUCACGGAAGUCCAACUCAAGACCAUCUUCAGCAACAUCGAAGAGAUCUACAAGUUCCAAAGGACGUUCCUGAAGGAUCUGGAAAAAAAUUAUGACAAAGAAAACCCUCAUCUGAGUGCGAUUGGGUCGUGCUUCCUUCAGCAGGGUGAAGGUUUCUCCAUUUAUUCAGAGUACUGUAACACACACCCGGCGGCGUGCGCAGAGCUGCAGCGACUGAUGAAGCAGGGACGCUAUAAGCAUUUCUUCGAGGCCUGCCGCCUCCUGCAGCAGAUGAUCGACAUCUCCAUCGCUGGCUUCCUGCUCACGCCUGUGCAGAAGAUCUGCAAAUACCCGCUUCAGCUGGGCGAGCUGCUCAAAUACACACCUAAAGACCACAGUGACUACGAAGGUGUGUGUAAAGCCUAUGAGGCGAUGAAGAACGUGGCCAGUCUGAUCAACGAGAGGAAGAGGAGGCUGGAGAGCAUCGACACCAUCGCACACUGGCAGGAGGCCAUCCUGCACUGGGAGGGUGAAGAUGUAUUAUCACGGAGCUCUGAGCUUCUCCAUUCAGGUGAGCUGAUGCGAGUGCUCCGUGCCGGGAAGACGCAGCAACGCAGCUGCUUCCUGUUUGACCAUCAGCUGGUCUUCUGUAAAAAGGACAUUCUAUGGCGGGACCUGCUGCACUAUCGUGGGCGCCUGGACACGGACAGCGUGGUGCCUAUGGAUCUGACUGACGGACGUCACUGGGACUUCGGCAUGCUGCGAAACGCCAUCGCCCUGCGCAACCACAACACGCUGGAGGUGCUGUGUGUGCUGAGUUGCAGGAAAGCCCAGGACAAGCAACUGUGGCUCAAGGCUUUCAGUCAAGAACGCAGACGUGUGAAAGAGGACCAGGAGAUGGGAAUGGAGAUUAGUGAAAGCCAAAGGAAGCAAGCGAUUCAAAAUGCCAGAAAAUCAAAGCAAGGCAAAAUUAAAAAUAUAAAAUACUCAGGUCACCCAGUGCCUCAUCAUCAACUCUUACACCCAAUCCACCAGCGCCACAUCACUGUACCGACCAGUAUCCCUCAGCAGCAGGUCUUCUCUUUAGCAGAACCCAAGCGGAAACCUGCACAUCUCUGGUACACGUUCACGCGCAAUGCCCUUUUCUGGAAAUGACCAGAAAAAUUAAAAAAACUUGAUAUUUUUUAAAAUGAUUAUAUGAAGAAGUUCCUCAUACAGCCCCGGUGCCAAUGUGAAGGACAACAGAGAACAACAAAUGAAUGGAGUGUGUGUGUGUGUGUGUGUGUGUGUGUGUGUGUUGGGGAGGGGUGAGAGAUUGUGUGUAAAUCUUUGGUACCAAAAGUGUUCAUGCUCUGUGUGUUUGUGUGUUCCUGGUGCGGUAACGGUGAUGCUUGUAUCAGAUUUUGUAUCAUUCUGUUCACCACAUCAAGACGACAGUGAUGUGUAUUCAUUGAGCUUGUUGUAUAAUUUUAUAAAGGUGAGGCUGGAACCUUUUUUAAAAGUUAGUCCUAACUUUAGAAAAGUCAGACAUUGCACUAAUAACCUCAUGUUCUGUAAAUAAACACUUACAAACAGUA